CAUGCCUUCGCUCGGCCUCCGGACCAUCCAUUCUAGCAUCAACCAUGGCUGAGGUGGCUACAGUUCUCCGGUCCAAGGGGGCUGUGGAAAACUAUGUAAAAACUUUGGAGGAAACUACACGUACCAAGUACAUCGUUCAUAAGUCUGACAAGCAUUUCCACGGUACUGCAUGGCAGCCAUCAAAUCCGAUGAGAGUGCGAUGGGAGUGGAGUCAUGAAAGUGCCCAAAAGACAGCCAGCAUCCCCUUUGAUGGGGUGCCUUUCGUAUUCAUUGCCUAUCAGCAUUUGGGCUGUCACCUGGGGAGAGACAGGUCCAGACAGCAGAAGAUGAGAUAUGCUGAGGCAAAGCAGAAGGAGUACAAUCAGAAGAACAGACGUCUUAUUAAGACCACAAAGAAGCUCGGGUGUCCGGCAGUGCUCAACAUUUCGAGGAUUGCCAAGUUCCCUGAUUAUAAGGUGGCAGAUAACAAGGACAGUCAGCGGAGGAAAAUGGUAACAAAACUCAAGGAGGAUGUGAAGAAUGAUCCCUCCUCUGUCCGCUGGGAGGAUUUCUUCUAUGUACGGACCCCUGCCAUCGAAGACCAUGUUGGCCACCCUUUGUAUGGACAGGAUGCCGGUAUCCAUGAACCUGUGGAUGAACGUGUGAAGAGCCACAUCAUAGAACUCACCAAAAGUGGGGUGAGACGAGUGAGCGAGAUGAGACAGCACUCUAGACAGUUUGUGGAGAGACACCUCUUCAAGGAUGAAAGGCCGCCAUCACCUACAAGAAGAAGGUUCUACCCCACCGAUAAAGAUAUCCGCAACCUGAUGGGGAAGGCUAAAGAAUCCGUGAGGCACUCCAGUAUUGAUCAGGAGAAUCUACAGCCUUUUCGGCCACUCCCAUCAGCCGCCGCCAGCCAACCACCAGCCGAGGCACCGGCCGCCAGCAGCCAAUCACCAGCGGAGGCACCACCGGCCACGAAAGCCCUCAGGAGGGAGUGCAUCGGACAUCUCAAGGCUAUAAUGGAUUACGUGAACCUUAUAAAAGAUGACACAUACCUGAAGGAACUAAGAACAACUAUCAAGGACCUGCACAGUCAGGUUGCGUUGCAGGCGCCGGUGGAAGCGGGACUGCUCUUGCUGCCGGAGGCGACAAAAAAGAGAAAGGCGACUCCCUCGAACGCCGUACCGCUGCCAAAGCAGCCAAAAGAGCACGCUUAUGCUAACAGAGGGGAUGAAAAGGCUGAAAUGAUAAAGAAUUAGACUCCUCCCACCCACAUCUUAAAAAAAAAAAAAAAAAAAAAGAUGUGCUUCCUAUUUGUAUUUAAAGCUAAAACAUUUCCGAGUAUUAAUCACUCAUUUCAUCCAGAUGGCCUGCAUUAUAAGCCCUUUGAGAUGACAUACGUACUGCGAUUCGAGGCUAGCUCAUCAUCGAUUUGUUUUCAUUGAAUAUUUUUUGGUCCAGCUCAGCUAAAGGCACCGUAAAAACACAGAAUGGAUUCACAGCAGUGCAUCACUGCAGGAUGAAGAUAGGAGAAACAUAGUCGCAUAGUCCAUAUCCACGACGUUCCACUUCCAGGAUUGCUCCGUUGCCGACAGAAAUUCCGCCUGAUGUCCCUCUUUUAGGCCGGAUGUCCGUCCCCUUCCUCUUUCUUUGUGUUGGCGUUCUAACCUCCGGUGGAUUUGUGAG